AGUAAGAGAGCAGUCACAUUUCACAACAUGGCGGCAGGCUGACUCCAAAGCCUCGGCUGUUUUCGCUUUAAAAGUGUGAUUUUUUACCUGAUCAACCCUUAAAUCUAACCCAAAAACAACUCCAAUCGCCCAAGGAUAUCGCCCGGAAUACAGCCUGACUUUAAAGAUACGCCCGUAGCUGCUAGUACAUAGCUGCAUACUGUCACCAAUAUCUGUGCGGUAACAAGCAAGAAGUCAACGGAUAUCAGAGAAGACACAGCAAAAUCUUCACCAGACCAAUGAAUACUAUGAUGAUUAGCUCUUUGAGAAGACGCCGGGAAGCAGUUAUUUGUGUUUAUGCAAACUGAAGUUUCUGCUGGAGACAGACAAACAAACAGAGAUGGGAACAACGGAGCCCAUACACGGGGUAUUGGACGAUGGAGGGGAGAACACAGUGUUGGUCAGGGUCGCCAUACCUGACAGACACAUACAGAAGUGCUUCCGUUUCCGGACAGAUGACACAGUGUGGGCGGCCAAGCAGAUGGUCCUGACACAGUUAGAUAGGAGGGAAAUGGCCCUCCAUGAUGGAGUAAACUACGGGUUCUUCCUGCCGCCGGAAAAUGGGAGAGCGGGGAAGUUCCUGGACGAGGGAAGACUGUUUGAUGAGUAUCCGCUGAAGGGACCCAUAGGGUACUUAGAGUUCAAGUACAAGCGGCGGGUGUACAUGGCCAUCGACAUUGAUGAGAAGGGCCUGCAGAGGCUGCACACGCGCGCUAACCUGCGCCGCUUUCUGGAACACGUCCGCUGUCGAGCGUUGGACAAAGUCUGCCGCCUGCUGAAGAAAGGGCUGGACCCCAACUUUCACGACCCGGAGAAGGGAGAAACUCCCCUGACCACGGCAGCCAUGUUGGAGGGGAGUAAAGACAUGAUAGUGACCCUGGUGGAGGGGGGAGCACACAAGGACUUCAGGGCCAAGGAUGGCAUGACUCCUCUCCACAGGGCCGCGCGCAGGGGCAACUACAGAGCUCUCAAGUCGUUGUUGGAGCUCGGCUCCUCGCCUGACUACAAGGAUGCCCGUAACCUGACCAGCCUGUACCAUUGCUGCAUGGUGGGGGGGAACCCCACGUGCUGUGAGAUCCUGUUACACAACCAUGCUGACCCCCACGUGACAGAUGAACAGGGCUGGCAACCUAUGCAUCAGGCCUGUCGACACGGCCACGUGCAGCACCUGGAACACCUGCUGUUCUACGGAGCAGACCACACGGCGCAGAACGCUUCCGGAAACACGCCGCUGCACAUCUGCGCACUGUACAAUCAGGAACCCUGUACUCGAGUCCUGUUGUUUAGAGGGGCCAGAAGAGACAUUAAAAACUACUCCAACCAAACACCAUUCCAGGUUGCUGCAGUAGCAGGUAACUUUGACCUCGGAGAAAUCAUCAAAAAACACGAAAGCCAGGAUGUUGUACAAUUCAGGGAGACUCCAAAGUACAACAACCGGCGGCGUGCGUCCGUAGCGCUGUCCAAACACCUGGGAAUUCUGCAUCGCACCAGAAGCUGCGGGACCUUGGACCUCUCAAACCUCCGCUCCAUCUCCCCCUCCCCCUCCAUGACCAGUCUUCAGAGCCUGGGGACCAUGUCCUUACAAUCCUCACUGAACAUGGCACCACAUUCCCAACACCAUCACUCGAAUGGUACCCCCGCCAUGUCGGUGUCAUCCACUAAUUCGUCGCCAGCAAAUUCGCAGCCGUCUACCCCAACGCCUGGAAGCCCAGUCACUAGUAACAGGAGUGCAACUCUGAACAGAGAGGAACUGGAAAAUGUGAAGAAGAGGAUGUACACAGCCCUGCCUGGGAGACAGUUUGUAGCCGUGAAGAAGUAUGUUCCACGGGAGGUCGGGGAGCUGGCACUGGCAAAGGGAGACAAAGUCACAGUUCUUGGGAUCGGUGAGCAAGGCUUCUGGGAAGGGCGUGUGGGGUCGAACGAAGGCUGGUUCCCUUCCGACUGUGUGGAGGAGGUGUCCAACAAACCUACCACAGUGAGGAAAGUCAAACGGAGAGCAGCUGGGGUGAAGGCACUGAGGGAGCAACGGAUGCAAAGGGCUAAAACUGCACCUGCCAUUCCCAUGGAGAACAGUUAUAACAAACCCAGGACGGCUGUCCUGAAGAGGGACCAGCAUGGAUUUGGCUUCGUGCUACGAGGAGCAAAAACCCCACGGAAUGGGGAAGAGGCCCUGAACCCGAAUGUGCCUUUCACCCCGACACUGGCCCACCCUGCCCUGCAGUACAUGGAGAGUAUCGACCCUAACAGUGUAGCUGAGAGGGCCGGGUUAAAAAAGGGAGACUUCUUACUCCAGAUCAAUGGCGAGGACGUCCGUCGCUUCACACAUGCACAAGUUGUGGAGCUGAUCCGUGACUCGCGUGACGUGGUGGUGAUGACAGUCGUGACGGUGGAUCCGGAGCUGCGAGCAGCGCUGCAGAGACAGAAGGAGGCUCAGAAACGCAUCAGUAUCGCCGUCAGCUCACCCAGGGACGAGGACGAGAUCGUGGACCUGAGAAGAGAUGACUCAAUCGCCAAGGAAUUCCCAGGGAGCGCCGACGGUGGCGGCAACAACGGCGGCGGGGGAAAGUCGCCGAACGUGACAAAAGCGAGAGCCACGUCCAUGGUCGCAGAGAUGACGAUUGGUGACAAAGAUCUGGAAAACUUGCAGACGCAGCUGGCACGGAGAGGGUCACUAAACAACAUGGAGGGCACGCGGACAGCCACGCUACGGUCACGACCGUCCAGUAAGAGAGUGACCACAGCCGAGCUGGAAGACUUAUUCCAGCGUCAAGACUCAGACUACCAGUCCCCUAGAGCACUAGGUAUCCAGCCCAGUGACGCUACAUCAGAGUACCAGUCCCCUCGGACCAUGGGCGUGGGGAAAGCCGUGCCAGUACCGACUGUGCCGCGGGGGAAAGCAGUACCGGUGCCGGUGGUCCCCAACGCGGCGAUGCCCCCCCUGCCUCCCAAGCAGAGGCCGCAGAGUGCACGAGAGAAGAUCGCCACCCCUCGGGCAGCCCCGGAGGUUGAAGACACCACAGUUGGAAACAUUGUCGUAGAGAAAAUAAGAAAGGACUCCAUAAGUUCUAGUACAGACUCGAAUAGUUUGUCUAACGUAUCAGAUUCUGCGCCGACUACGCCGACCACACCAAAUUACAGCGAGAUCACUGUUUCGUUUGACUCGCAGUCUUCAGUACGGAGAAAACUCAUUCCCCCUCCCAAACCCUCACACCCGCCACCCCCUCCGCCACGUACUGUGUCGUCUUCAUUCCGAACGGAGGCCGUCGAAACGAAAGCAACAACGAUGCCCGCGUCGUAUCAAGACCCCAACCUGCACCAUCAGAUCAAGAUGGCCAUCUUGAACCGACAGGACAGUACGCAGAGUUUACACGUGCCGCAGGAACAACGUCGUGUUCCCGACAUGAUGAGAAGUAACUCUGUGGGCGGCAUCGAGCCAAAGGAAGUGGUGAACCAGAGAGCAGCGUUACAAAGGCGAGUUCAUUCAGUAACAUUCGACGGGACGUAUCAGGUUAGAGAAAUUGACGUGUACAACGAUGGACAGAAUGAACCGCCAUACAGAACAGGCGGAUAUCAGCCACCAAACUCGGAUGAUAGACACUUGGUGAGGGUAGAAGGGCAGAUGGAGAGCAGGCCGAUUGUACGUAGGGAUGUCAGCAGGACUGAACGUGUGGAGCAGAGUCCCAGGACCAAGAGAGAGAGCGUGAAGGCAACGGAACAGUUGAGAGGGAAGCUAGAGAGAACGGAGCGAAGGGAAGAAACGGAAACUGAGUCAGACUCAGAGGAAGGAAAGACAGGUUUGGCGCUGGAGCUCGCCAGAGCGGUUAAGGCACGCAAACAGAAGGAGAAGCUGAGCGUAAGAGACCAAAGGCAAGACGGGAAUGCAAGUCCUAAGCAGGUGGAACCGAUGAAGAAGAAGGAGAUAGCAUGUAAGCUGGAGGCACAGUUACAGAGACAUACUAGUACAGACGCACUGCCUCCGACACAGCCCAAGUCCACCAGUCCCUCGGUGCAGAACAAAGUUGGUGCGUACAGAGCUCAGGUUGUGGUGAAUCACUCCACCGACGAUCUCAGGAGAAGCCCUGGAGCUGCGCAGCAUCCUGACUCACCAAGGAGUCGGCAGCCCAUAUCUAUGUACGACCAGGAGGAACACAACCCAGACUCAAGCUCGCCAUUGGCCAUCGCACUCGCUGCCAGGGCCCGAUACGAGAGGUCUUCAAAUGAGCACUUGGAUCAGGUGGAGGGGGCCACCGGUGAUGCCGCUUACGAGGAAAGGGCGGCUCACCUAACACCCAUACGGGACUGGUACUUUGAAAACGAAGAGUAUGUUGACAUGAGUCCAGACAUGAACUAUGACACAGACCUCGCACUUGCACUAGAGAAACGCAGGUCGGAGAUUGGGGAGCUAGAGGGUGUUCCCGCGUACAACGUUGGAAUCGAAGAGAAGAUCGAAAGACACCGCCAGGCGGCAACAAGAGGCGAGCAGUCCAACUCAAACGCAGCGCUCAUCCAAGCGAUGGCUGCCAGGAGGGCACGCAUGGCCGGAGGUGACAUGGACAAUAACGAUGACCUUCCCUUGCCCUUUGACCUCCCACCCCCAGUCAUGCCAGAAGAGUUACUGGCGGCGGCUGAGGGGUUAACGUUUGACGAACCACUCCCUCCUCCACCCGAGUUUUCCGAGAGCGAUCAGAAAACAAACUAUUCUAGCCCGGCGCACGACACCCAUGCUUAUUACACCUCAGAUUAUGCGACUUACGCCCCGAAUGGGCACCGGAUGGAAGGGCGGGGAUACUCGGGCCCGGAGCGUAUUUACGACAAACCGAUGCGGUACCCUCGCGACGAAGAACACAGCGUCGACUCGGGACACGCUGAAGGUUCUGGCGACACUGAUCCUAUGACCUUUGACCCUCACUGCGAAACGAUUAGCACGAUCUCAACGGUGUCCUCCAUGUCGACCCUUUCCACGUUUUCCAGCGACAGUGGGUUCGAUCCCCACCCCACGCUGCGUACAAAACCCCCCACCCCUCCCAAACCUCCCCAGCAUAAGGUCGAGAAACGACGCGUAUCCUUUGGGCCCAAACCGUCGUCCCCUCACGACAGACCGUCACACGGGAAAAUGUCCAGCUUUUCUAGCGGGGGAUCUAGAGAAGCGACACCAACAAAUGAGUUAAAUCAAGACACUAGAGGACACGGGUUCUACCCGUCAGGUUUCCAUUCAGAGGCUUAAAACAACUUCCCUCUCAUAGCGGAAGUAUCGCACCAUACCCUUUCUAGUCCCAAACAUAUCCUGUGGGUUGAAUAGAUUUGAAUCCACCUAUCAAAUUCAAAAGAGAGCUACCCCAGACAUUUUGAUGCUCACAUUGUAUUACUGUAAAGUAAGCCCCUAAUUACAGAAGUGUUUCAAGGGACCUCUAUAUUAUUGGUGCCUAAUUAAUGUAUAAUGUACAUGGUUUACAAGGUUUGAUUUUUCACUUAUGUCUGCUAAUACUUUCCAAAUAACUGUACUAGAAACUCACAGCCAGAAAAGACUGUCACUGCCACUGAAGAUAGAUACUUUCUAUACCUUGUUCUCAGUCAACUGUGAGAAUUAGUGGCUAACAAAGCUCAUGGCUUUAUGACUAAAUAGUAAAGCUACAGUUUUGUAUACUGUACUUACGUGUAUGCAGGCAAUACAAGCUGCUGGCUUCAAGAUGGCUUCCACCUACUCACUCACACGAUUACAGACUGACUCUGAAUCAGCAGCGCAAUGUGAUGCUAGGUUUCCUACUCCAGUGUGAAUUUUCUGUGCCACUUGGACAGUUCCUCAGCUGACUACUGACAGGUAUUCUUGAGUGUGUCCAAGCCGUCCUGUCAUAGUCAGCACAAGAAUGUAUGUGGCACGGAACGUCUUCUGAACAUGGGUUUUUGUCCUAUGUUCCAGUCGGCCAUAGUUGCCAUGGUUACAUGGCCAGAGGCAGGUGGCAGCCAUCUUGAAAUACGAGAAUGCGGUGACUUUGAUGGCCAGUUGAACUCCUGUACCAUUAUUUAUCAUUAGGACUUACUAGUAUUGGAUAGAGCACAUCUCAGUUCAUAUUCUAGGGCAGGGAUGUAUUGGAACAUAUCUUGCCAUACCAAAGAGUACUGUUAGUAGUAGUCUCCCAAUCUUACACUGUGUCAGUGUCCAGCAUAUCUAUGGAAGUUGCUGAAAUAGCAGCAUUUCACUUGUACAUGUUUGAAAGAUGUUUCAGAGGAUUGAUUUUUUUCCUUUAUCUUAUUUUACGUUACAAAAGUCUGAAGUUAUUAACAAGUUGCAUGCCUACAAACUUUAUGUUGCAGAUGACUUGUGUACGUCUCAUAGCCGCAUUUUCGGUGUUACACCGACUUGUCACCUUGUAAAAACUAUGCAGAAAUACUCCGAUGCAUGGUCGCAGUAGAGGUAGCAAACAGCAAAAGAAAUGAUGUGUUGCAACUAGAGUUAUUUUCUAAAUCUCAAACAGUUCUUAAGAAAAAUCACGACUCAAAGAGCAUGUAUACUUGUCACUUUAUUACUGAAGAAUCGUGGGAUAUAUGAUGGAUUGACCAAUGGAAGUAUGGCAUGGAACUGUCCAAUCAGAGAGGACUUGAGAUUGGCCAAUCAGGUAUGAGGAAUGAACUAUUGGCCAAUCAGGAAAGAAUAUAGUUGGCGCUUAUAGAUGGAGAAUAUGCUUGAUUAAGAGAAUGUGUAAACCUUCAUAUGGGAUAAAAUAGUACUAGUGCUGUGCACUUUGUCGUCAAAGGUGGCACAACUUAAUAAUAAUUUAAGACAAAAAAAUUGGUACAACCUUUUGUACAAACGUAACAUACUAUCUUGUGAAGUACUUGAUACAGUUCCGAUGAUGAUAAGACAAGUUUUCUGUUUGACACUUGUACAUAGAUUCAGCUCUAUUUAUCAACACUUUUGUUUGUUCUUGCUAAGAGGAGUGCCCAUACCUGACUUAAGUAUACUCAUAUUAUUGCCUAUAAAACAAGCAUUUCUGUUAACAUUGUGAGAUAUGUGUAUGAUAUGAUACUUAUCCAUAUAGUGUAUUUUUCACAAAAAGUCAACUGAGGGUGUUAAGACCAGACAGCUCACAUGGAUUGUGCUUUUGUCCUGUUUGUAUAUUAGGAGGAAUCUUUUCUCAGCUCUGCCUAACACUACUAGAUGCAGUGUACAGAGGGUCUAUUUUACUGAAUAAAAGGAGUUGACUUGAA